AUGUCCGUCGAUGCUGCUGCUAGAUCUCGCACUCUCCACAGCAAGAGAUCGUUUGGAAAGUAUCCAAGACCAGUCGACUCGCCUGCAUACGACGCAUCGGAGGAGGAUAACGACCCGCUCACGGACGAUGCCUCAGCCGCGUCCCAUCCGAUCCCUAUUUCUCGGCACCAGAAUCCCCAACCCAACACCCGCCUCAGACCUUCCCCUCUCACCCGCCGCCACCACCACCUCCACGACGACGACAGCAGCGUAGACUCUCCCACCUACGACGGCGACAUCGAGUCCAGCACAACUGCCGGCCCUGACCCCCUUCCACACAAACCUACUCAUCACCAUUCCUCCUCCUCCGUAUCCACCCUCAACACCCCCUUUUCGCCCUCCUCGCCCGGAUCAACCCCCAUCGCAGAGCCCCUCAACCCGCUCUCUCCUACAGCCAUGCGCCCCACCAACCCCAACUCCCAUCUACCCGUCUUCAUCUCCCCCCCGGUCAACACAGCCGCCGCGCCCCUCCUCGUCACAGAGGAGCCAGCCGUGCCCCUCGCUUCCAAGGAGGCGUUCAACCCCGCUGCACUCACCCCAGCCGAUAUCCAGGCCUUUGUCAACAAAGCCAUCCAAGGCGAGGUCCACCGCCCAUACAAGAUCAACCCGCCCCCUACAGAUCGCCCCGUGCGCGUCUACGCUGACGGUGUAUACGAUCUAUUCCAUUUUGGUCAUGCGCUCCAGCUGCGCCAGGCCAAACUAUCUUUCCCAUCCGUGUACCUCCUCGUGGGCGUAAACUCUGACGAACAAGUAUGGUCCCACAAAGCACGCACAGUAAUGAGCCACGCCGAGCGAUUGGAAGCUGUUCGCCACUGCCGAUGGGUUGAUGAGGUCGUAGCUGAGGCUCCCUGGGUCAUCGACGAGGCCUUUAUCAAAAAAUACGAGAUCGACUAUGUCGCGCACGACGAAGAGCUCUACGCGAGCGCAGGCCACAACGACGUCUACGAAUACGCCAAAAGUCAAGGCAAAUUCAUCCCUACACGCCGCACACCAGGCGUAUCGACAUCCGAACUCCUCGAGCGGAUCGUAUCGGGGUAUCGUAAUCGCGAAUUUGACGAUAAGCUGACGAAGAUGGGGCAUGCGGAGUUGAGGGCCGAGGGGAGCGAUUAUGAUGGGCAGAGUAGGAGGGCGAGUAGGAGUGCGAGUCGGAGUGCGAGUCCCGGGCCGGGGGCGGGGGCGGUGGGAGGGGAGAGUGGGAGUGGGAGUCCGAAGCUUUUGGGGGCGCGUGCUAGUUAG